AUGGCUGUCCUGCUAUCUUACGCACACUUCUCUUUCCCCUUAACCUCCGCCCGCCGUCCUCGAAUUCUUUUAUCCACAACAUUUGCCUCAAUCUCCACUCCCAGGAAAAAAUCCAGAAGAAGAAAAAACCAAAACCAACAGCAUGAUUUAAAAUCAGUUGACGAUAAUAAUAAUUAUAACAAUGAGAGUAACUUUACACCCUCGAGUGCUGAGAAAUUGUUGAGACUGGUGUUCAUGGAGGAGUUGAUGGGGAGAGCUCGAAAAGGUAACGCUUUGGGAGUUUCUGAAGUGAUAUAUGACAUGAUUGCUGCAGGAUUGACCCCGGGACCGAGGUCUUUCCACGGCCUGGUUGUUUCACACGUCCUCAAUAGCGACGAGGAAGGCGCGAUGCAUGCUCUUAGAAGGGAACUGGGUGAGGGUCUUCGGCCUCUUCAUGAAACAUUUAUUGCGUUGAUUCGUUUAUUUGGCUCAAAAGGUCAUGCUACUAGGGGCUUAGAAAUUCUUGCAGCAAUGGAGAAGCUUAAAUAUGACAUUCGCCAAGCAUGGCUGCUGCUUGUUGAGGAGCUCGUGAGAAGCAAUCAUUUGGAAGAUGCCAAUAAAGUGUUCCUGAAGGGUGCUGAGGGAGGUCUUAGAGCUACUGAUAAGCUUUAUGAUCUUCUAAUUGAGGAAGACUGUAAAGUGGGAGAUCACUCAAAUGCAUUGACCAUAGCCUACCAGAUGGAGGCUGCUGGGAGAAUGGCGACUACAUUUCAUUUUAAUUGUCUUCUGAGUGUGCAGGCUACUUGCGGGAUUCCUGAAAUUGCUUUAGCGACUUUUGAGAACAUGGAAUAUGGUGAAGCUUUUAUGAAACCUGACACAGAGACAUAUAAUUGGGUGAUCCAAGCAUAUACAAGAGCUGAGUCUUACGAUAGGGUUCAAGACGUUGCUGAGUUACUGGGGAUGAUGGUUGAAGACUACAAGCGCUUGCAACCUAAUUUGAGAACCUACGCAUUGUUGGUAGAGUGCUUUACGAAGUACUGUGUCAUAAGGGAAGCCAUUCGUCAUUUCCGUGCACUCAAAAACUUCGAAGGUGGAACCAAAAUUUUGCACAACGAGGGGAAAUAUGGGGAUCCACUUUCUUUAUAUCUUCGAGCUUUAUGUAGAGAAGGACGAGUCAUUGAGUUACUAGAAGCUCUUGAAGCCAUGGCAAAAGAUAACCAACAAAUUCCACCUCGAGCCAUGAUUCUCAGCAGGAAAUAUCGGACACUAGUUAGCUCAUGGAUUGAACCUUUGCAAGAAGAAGCUGAACUUGGAUAUGAGAUUGAUUACAUCGCCAGGUACAUCGAGGAAGGUGGGCUCACAGGUGAACGUAAGAGAUGGGUUCCACGUAGAGGAAAAACUCCUCUGGAUCCUGAUACUGAUGGUUUCGUAUACUCCAGCCCUAUGGAAACCUCUUUCAAACAAAGAUGUCUAGAAGAAUGGAAAAUACAUCAUCGGAAGCUUUUGAAAACUUUACGCAAUGAAGGACCUUCAAUAUUAGGGAAUGUGUCUGAAUCUGACUACAUCAGAGUCGUGGAGAGAUUAAAGAAAAUUAUUAAAGGUCCUGAACAGAAUGCCUUAAAACCGAAAGCUGCUAGUAAAAUGAUAGUGUCAGAGCUAAAGGAAGAGCUGGAAGCUCAAGGUCUGCCAACUGAUGGUACUAGAAAUGUGCUCUACCAGCGUGUACAAAAAGCGAGGAGAAUAAAUCGUUCUAGAGGUCGGCCCCUCUGGGUUCCUCCUGUUGAAGAAGAGGAAGAAGAGGUUGACGGAGAGUUGGAUGAAAUAAUAUCACGAAUCAAGUUGGAAGAAGGAAAUACAGAGUUCUGGAGACGUCGUUUUCUUGGAGAGGGCUUAAAUGAAAGUCAUAGCAAAUCAAUAGAAGUAGAAGAAUUUGAAAUUGCUGAUAUCUCUGAUGAUGCAGAUGUUGGUGAUGAUGUUGCAAAUGAGGUUGAAGAUGACGAGGCCAAUGAGGAGGAAGAAGUGGAACAAACUGAAACCCAAGCAGAUGAGAGAGUGAAAGAUAAGGAAGUUGAAGCUGCUAAACCUCCUCAAAUGAUUGGAGUGCAAUUAUUGAAAGACUCUGACCAGACUACUGGCUCAUCAAGAAAAUCAAGGAGAAGGGUUUCUCGGGUAUCAGUGGAGGAUGAUGCUGAUGAUGACUGGUUUCCUGAGGAUAUUCAUGAAGCUUUUAAGGAGCUGAGGAACAGGAAAGUCUUUGAUGUAUCAGAUAUGUACACAAUAGCUGAUGCUUGGGGUUGGACAUGGGAAAAGGACUUGAAGAACAAAGCCCCUCGGAGAUGGUCACAGGAGUGGGAAGUCGAAUUGGCUGUUAAAUUAAUGACAAAGGUAAUUGAAUUGGGUGGAACACCAACCAUUGGUGACUGUGCUAUGGUACUUCGAGCUGCUAUACGAGCUCCUAUGCCUUCAGCCUUCUUACAAAUUUUACAGACAACACAUCGUCUUGGUUAUGUGUUUGGCAGCCCGUUGUAUGACGAAAUUAUCAGUCUGUGUUUGGAUAUUGGGGAACUUGAUGCAGCUAUUGCCAUAGUGACAGACUUGGAGACGAGUGGAAUUAAGGUAUCUGAUGAAACUCUUGAUAGAGUCAUAUCUGGUAGACGGACAAAUGAUAAUCCUGUUAAUGAUACAUCAUAG